UUUAAAAAUGUUCUAUAUCCUGAUUAUGAUGGCGGUGACAAGGAUUUAAACAUUCGUUGAAACUUAUCAAACGUUUCACUUAAAAUGAGGGCAUUUUAUUGUAUCUAAAUUAUGCUUCAGUAAAGUUGAUUUUUAAAAGACAUGCACACAAAUAUAAUUUACAAAUCAUAUCAUUAGCUCGUUUAUGGUGUACCAUUCAGUCAUUCUUAGAGUAUUCAAAGUUGUGCAAACAUCAUUAUCUAAUUCAAGAAGCUUUACAUUACCCCAAAAAGAAACCGUUUAGCUAUUACCACUCACAGUUCCCCUAAUCCUGCUAGUCCUAAAAAACUCUUACUCCUUUUCCGUAGAUUUGCCUAUUUUAAAUAUUUCAUAUAAAUGCAAUCAUACAGUAUGUGGCUCCUCCACGGACGAAGGCAAAAAUGACGAUUUAAACAGUCUAGCAUUCUCACAGAGGGUUAUAACGCCUAGUAGAGUGGGUCCUGGGUGCGCUCUGCAUUGUGGGUCGGCUUGGGGCAGAAAGUCAUUUAAGGGACCUCCUUCCACUUGCCGCAGCGCCUCACCCCUUCCGGCUCUAGACUACAGUUCCCAGAAAUCCUUGCGGCUCUAACCAACUUCUGGCCCGAAGCUGGCGACCUUUUCCUGUUUCUCAAGGAACUCCCUGGGGUUGGCCGGUACCAUGGAGGAAGAUUGUCUUCAGGGUGCAGGGCCAGCGUCCUAUGGCAGUUUCACUCUGAGCCUGUGUCUGGAUCACGGAGACGCAGAGUAGCCGUUCGGAGUAGGGAGCAGGGAUGUCCCGGAACUGUGCAGCAGCAGGAACCCGAAGGACCGGGCGCCAUCUUCUCCGCGCGGUCCUACUCCGGACUGUAUUUCCCAGAGAUCCCCGCGAGUCCAAGGCAGCCGUUUCAUUUGCCUGCUGGACCCUCGGCCUCAAGGGUAGGGGAAGUGCGCGGUGAGCGGCCUGGGUCUUGCGGGUUCCGCUGGGGCCCGCAGACGGGGUUUCUCUGUGUUGCCCAAGGUGGAGUGCAAUGGCACGAUCUCAGCUCACUGCAGCCUCUGCCUCCUGGGUUCAAGUGAUUCUCCUGCCUCAGCCUCCCGAGUAGCUGGGACUAUAGGAGAACAGCCUCAAGGAAGACUAACCGUCUGCAGUACUGGAAGCCAUGGCUGAGGGAUCAGUGAUGUUCAGUGAUGUGUCCAUAGACUUCUCUCAGGAGGAGUGGGACUGCCUGGACCCUGUUCAGAGGGACUUAUACAGAGAUGUGAUGUUGGAGAACUACAGCAAUCUGGUUUCAAUGGGUAAGGGCAUACGUACCAGUGAUUCCCAGUUCUCCUCUGGAAUGUCUGCUUCUUCCACAGUGAAUUUCUCAGCUGCUUUUCAAGUUACUAGCUGAAUUUCUAUUCUUUAUUACCAAACAAAUGGUUUGAGCUGAAAUGAAAAGGAAGAAUGGGAAAUGGGCAACUCCAGUGGGCUGUGGUUGAGGCUUCGUCUUCCUCUUUCUUUGGCUGUUCCUGUAGUGGCAUCUCUUCCUUGAUCAUCAAGGGACUAGAUCUCAUUUACCCACAGCAUAACCAUAUUCCAUAUCUUUUCUUGUGAGCAGGACUUUACACUCCUAAGCCUCAAGUGAUCUCCUUAUUGGAACAAGGGAAAGAGCCCUGGAUGGUUGGCAGAGAGCUUACAAGAGGCCUGUGUUCAGAUCUGGAAUCAAUGUGUGAAACCAAGUUAUUAUCUCUAAAGAAGGAAGUUUAUGAAAUAGAAUUAUGCCAGAGGGAGAUAAUGGGACUUACAAAGCAUGGCCUUGAGUACUCCAGUUUUGGAGAUGUUUUGGAAUAUAGAAGCCGCCUUGCAAAACAACUGGGAUAUCCAAAUGGGCAUUUCAGUCAAGAAAUAUUCACUCCGGAAUACAUGCCCACAUUUAUUCAACAGACAUUCCUUACUCUCCAGCAAAUAAUGAAUAAUGAAGACAGACCCUUUGAAUGUAAGAAAUGUGGAAAGGCCUUUAGUCAGAACUCACAAUUUAUUCAACAUCAGAGAAUUCAUAUUGGUGAAAAAUCUUAUGAAUGCAAAGAGUGUGGGAAAUUCUUUAGUUGUGGUUCACAUGUUACUCGGCAUCUGAAAAUUCAUACUGGCGAAAAACCCUUUGAAUGUAAGGAGUGUGGAAAGGCCUUCAGUUGUAGCUCAUACCUUUCUCAACAUCAGAGAAUCCAUACCGGUAAGAAACCCUAUGAAUGUAAGGAAUGUGGGAAGGCCUUUAGUUAUUGCUCAAAUCUUAUUGACCAUCAGCGAAUUCACACCGGUGAAAAGCCUUAUGCAUGUAAGGUAUGUGGGAAAGCCUUUACUAAAAGCUCACAACUUUUUCAGCAUGUGCGAAUUCAUACAGGUGAGAAACCCUAUGAAUGUAAGGAAUGUGGCAAAGCCUUUACCCAGAGCUCAAAGCUUGUUCAACAUCAGAGAAUUCAUACUGGUGAGAAACCCUAUGAGUGCAAGGAAUGUGGCAAAGCCUUUAGUAGUGGCUCAGCACUUACUAAUCAUCAGAGAAUUCACACUGGUGAGAAACCCUAUGAUUGUAAGGAAUGCGGAAAGGCUUUUACUCAGAGCUCACAGCUUCGUCAACAUCAGAGAAUUCACGCUGGUGAGAAACCCUUUGAAUGUCUUGAAUGUGGGAAGGCCUUUACUCAGAACUCACAACUUUUCCAGCAUCAGAGAAUUCAUACGGAUGAAAAGCCAUAUGAAUGUAAUGAAUGCGGAAAGGCCUUUAAUAAAUGCUCAAACCUUACUCGACAUCUGAGAAUUCACACUGGUGAAAAGCCCUAUAACUGUAAGGAAUGUGGGAAGGCAUUUAGUAGUGGCUCGGAUCUCAUUCGUCAUCAAGGAAUUCAUACUAAUGAAUAAUAAAAAUUAAAGCCCCUGUCACCUUCCUCAUUUUUUAAACCAAAAAUCAUGUCUGAUACUUACCCUCUUCCACAGUUUUUUUAAAACUUUGUAUUUAAAUUUUGUAUCCAAUGUAUUUCACUCCAGGUUAUAAAUUCGGAGUCUAAAUUGACAUUCCCUCUCUCCUCCAGUCACAUACCAAUGCCAGCUGUUCUGUAAUUCUUUGGUUCAUUGUUUUGUUCUACUUUCUUGGUGACACAUUAUACUCUUGUUUAUAUUUG